GAAGACAUGCCAACUGCCAAGCAGUUAGCUGACAUUGGCUACAAGACCUUCUCUGCCUCCAUGAUGCUGCUCACUGUAUACGGGGGUUACCUCUGCAGUGUCCGAGCCUACCGGUAUUUCCAGCUGCGCAGUGCCCGGCGCCAGGCUGCAGAAGAACAGAAGACAUCGGGAGUCCUGUAGAGUUCAGCCUUUCCUCCUGAGCAGCAGGCUUGAGGCAUGUGAUGGAAAGACCUCCCCUGCACACCAUCCACGGCAAGAGCUAGGGCCACGAUGGCUCUCAAACCUGCUGGACUAAAGUGCCGUGGUGUCUGCGGUCCUCCUGGCUUGUGCCCUUCUGACAGUUUGUGGAGGCUGUCGGAUAAGUGGCAGUGUGAGGCUGAGGCUCAUUACAGAGAUUAAAUAUUUUGACAUGUU